AUAGAUGUCACUAGUUUCAACCAGAUGCUUCCAAGCAUCAAUAUUUAUAUCUCAUUUGAAAAUUGUCAUGCCGCUAUUUUGUAACGAAUAUGUUAGAAUUAAGUUAUAUUUUUUUAAUAACUAUUUUCUGGCUAGCUUAUUGUGAGGAACAACACUGUUUUAUUGAUAAUCGGGAACGUUGUGUUGAAGAGAAAGAGGAUAAUAUUUAUAAGAAAGAUUUAAACGAGCAUUAUAAUAAAUAUUAUAAUGCAAUUGAAGAAGCGGAGAAAAAUUACAAAAUUUGUAAUAACAGUAACAAUGAUUGUUAUCAAGAUGUUAUUAUAAAUGAUCUACAAUCAUUCAAGAAAGGCAUAACUAGGGAUUUAAUAAACGUUGCAAAAGCUAAAGGAACCUUUUACCAAAUAAUAGAUGGGAAAUUAUAUAGACAAAAAGAUUGCAUGUUUCCUUCAAGAUGUUCUGGAGUAGAACAUUUUCUUUUAAAACUUGCUCCUAGACUGACAGAUAUGGAUUUAGUUAUAAAUGUAAGAGAUUAUCCUCAAUCAAAUAAGUAUUUUGGAGGUCCGUUACCUAUUUUUUCAUUUAGUAAGACUUCAGAAUAUUAUGAUAUUACAUAUCCAGCGUGGGCGUUUUGGGAAGGUGGACCCGCAAUUUCUUUAUAUCCCCGUGGCCUUGGGAAAUGGAAUGAACAUCGUACAUCUUUAGAUAAAGCUAGUAAAAACACAUUGUGGGAGAAGAAGGAUAAUAAAGCAUUCUUUCGGGGUUCUAGAACGAGUUCAGAGCGUGAUAAUUUAGUAUUGUUAAGUCGCAAGAAGCCAAACUUGGUAGAUGCUCAAUAUACAAAAAAUCAAGCAUGGAAGUCUAAUGAAGAUACAUUAUACGUACCUCCUGCUUCUGAAGUUUCUCUGGAAGAACAUUGUAAAUAUAAGUACCUAUUCAAUUAUCGAGGUGUUGCAGCGUCAUUCAGGCACAAACAUUUAUUUUUGUGCCGAUCUUUAGUAUUUCACGUUGGAGAUGAAUGGACUGAAUUUUAUUACAAUGCAAUGUUACCUUGGUUACAUUACAUUCCUGUUUCCAAGGAUGCUAAUCAAACAGUAUUAGAGGAAUUAAUACAGUUUGCGAUAGAUAAUGAUGAAAUGUCUAAAAAAAUCGCAGAUCGUGGAAGAGAUUUUAUAUGGAACAAUUUAAAGAUAUCUGAUGUCACACAAUUUUGGGAAAAGCUUCUUAAAAAAUAUUCUAAACUUUUAACGUAUAAAACUACCUUAGAUAAAGAUUUAAUUAAAGUGGAAGGGAAGAAAAAAUCUUGAUAGAUUUUGUAUAAUUUUAUAUAUUUUUUUAUUAAAGUUUUU